AUGCGAGUGGCAAAGACGGAGAGACGGAAGCGCGGAGGUGAGGACAUAUCAACAUCUAAACAGCCGCAAUCGCAACUGGACGAGGACGGAGGAAAAGGCCAGGCAGAAGAUGGCGCAGACGGAAAGGCUAUCGUGGACAAGCUAGAAGCCUCAGCGGAAGCAGAAGAAGAGAAGUCGUUCGCAGACUUGGGCGUUAACGAGUCGCUAUGCGAUGCGUGUACGUCGCUAGGCUUCAAGACACCCACCGCCAUUCAACGAGAAGCCAUCCCUCUCGCCCUCAGUGGCCGCGACAUUAUCGGCCUGGCGGAAACAGGUAGUGGCAAGACAGCAGCAUUCGCGUUACCGAUUCUGCAGGCGCUUCUCCACGAUCCACAACCCUUCUUCGGCCUCGUUCUAGCCCCUACAAGAGAGUUGGCGUACCAAAUAAGCCAACAAUUCGAAGCCCUAGGCAGCCUGAUCCGAGUCCGAUGCGCCGUAAUAGUAGGUGGCAUGGAUAUGGUACCUCAAGCUAUCGCACUUGCAAAGAAACCACACAUCGUCGUUGCCACACCCGGCCGCCUGCUGGAUCAUCUGGAGAAUACUAAAGGAUUCUCCCUACGGAGCCUGAAGUAUUUAAUCAUGGACGAAGCAGACCGCCUUCUAGACCUUGACUUCGGGCCCAUCCUUGACAAAAUUCUGCAAGUCCUUCCUCGCGAGAGGCGAACAGCACUAUUUAGUGCAACAAUGAACACGAAACUUGACAAUCUUACCCGCGCCGCUCUACGAAACCCGGUGAGAGUCAGCAUAUCCACUUCUUCCUACCAGACUGUGGCGAAUCUGCUACAACAAUACAUCUUCAUCCCACACAAGCACAAAGACGUCUACCUCAUCCACCUCCUCACCGAGUUCUCCGGUCAAACCUGCAUCCUCUUCACCCGCACCGUAACCGAAACACAACGACUGGCCUUCCUUCUGCGAGCGCUCAAUUUCUCCGCCAUCCCGCUCCACGGCCAACUCCCCCAAUCCGCACGUCUAGGCGCCCUGAAUAAAUUCCGCUCCGGCUCCCGCUCCAUUCUCGUAGCCACGGACGUAGCAGCACGCGGUCUCGACAUCCCAAGCGUGGAUCUAGUCAUUAACUUCGAUCUCCCACCAGAUAGUAAAACGUACGUCCACCGCGUCGGCCGCACGGCCAGGGCGGGCAAGAGCGGGGUGGCGGUUAGUGUGGUUACUCAGUAUGAUGUGGAGGUUUUCCAGCGGAUUGAGAAGGCGUUGGGGCGGAAGUUGGAGGAGAGGGCGGUGGGGAGGGAGGAGGUGAUGGUUUUUGCGGAGAGGGUGGGGGCGGCGCAGAGGGUGGCGGUAGGGGAGAUGAAGGGGUUGCAUGAGAAGGAGAGGGAGAGGGGGGGUGGAGGCGGAGGGGGGAGGAGGAAGGGGGUUGGGAUCGGGAGUGGGAAGGGAAGGGGUGGUGGGAAGAGCAAGGGAAGAGAGGAUAGAAUGGAUCAGGAGGAGGGGUGA